ACUUGCAUGGUGUCAGUUUCUCCCGGGGGAGGGCAGCUUGUCAAGAGUUUGUUAUUUUUAAUGGUGAGGGGCUUCCGUGAACACUGUAAAGGAAAUGAAUGUACUGGGGUCCCACCUAAAUAUGCACUCGCCCUAUCAAAGACUGAAUUUAGUUUGAAGAUCUUCACCUGCACAUUAGAAACUUAAUUUUCAUCCCCCACCCCCACCCCCACCCCGCCACCUCCUCCCGCACUCUACGUAAUUCCAAAUCCGUUUAUAAAACAUACAACUGUCAGUGCUAGCUGGGUUUGCUGGAAGAGCGUUACUGGCGGUGAGCAAGAGUUGCAUCACGUACUCCUUAUACACGUGUAUAUUUUCUGAAGGCAAUCAUAACAGGUUCUGAAUAAAGUCAAAAUAAAAGCAGGCCAAUACUUGAAGAAUGUCUCCUGGGGAUGAGGCUACAGUAGAGCCAAGACCAUGAAUCAGUUGCACUUUUGAUAGAGGAGGUCAGGUUGUAGCAAUCACUUCUGAGUCCGAAGGUCAGCGAUCGGAAUGCUGGUGUGAAGACUAAGGCAGGGUGGCUUGAUCUGCAAAUCCAAGCACAGUGGUGAAAGACUGAAUGGUUGGAGGUUCCUUGGCUGCAAAUAAGUUUGCUUUCUGGUGACUUUCAUAGCUUACACAUCGUUCCAUGGUUACACAGACUCCCAAAGACAAGCAAUUUUAAACAACAACAAUUUCUUAAGUCUGUGACCUUUACCCACCACAUAUUGGUGGGUUAUCUAGCCAAAUGAAAGAGAGAAAGUCACAGACCUACAAGGGAAAGCAGGAUGGGACUGAUGGGAUUACCCUUGAAAUGCAGCCAAGUAAAAUGCUCCCUUUUGCAGAACAAGACACAAAAAGCUGGAGGAACUCAGCAGGUCAGGUAGCAUCUAUGGUUUCGAAGGUGGUCUAAAGCCAUGUGAAGAGCCACUGAGAUUACAUCUGCUGCUGACCUAUUGUGGCGAUAGGCAAAUUGUGAUGGGUCCAGGUCCUUGCUGAGGCAGGAAUUCAUUCUGAAUUAUGCCGAACUCCUAAGGAAGUGGAGGUGCUGCCGUGCUUUCUUCAUAAUUGCACUUGCGUGCUGGGCCCAGGACAGAUGUACAAAGGAAUGAGCACUUUGCAGAGAUGACGGACAAUGCCAGUGGCAGUGGAGCGUACACAGAGCAACCUGUUCCAGAGAGACUCCCCAUGCAGAGCAAACGGGGCUACUGUGCUUGCUGCCAGGAGCUGUACAACUGCCUUGAACAGCACCUGCAGAGCACGCGGCACAGGCAGUCGGCUGGCGAGUCCCGGAACCAGUUGGUGGCAAAAAGCCUCAUGGAGCGUUUCCUGCAGGACGUGAUACAGUAUCAUCCCUCCCGAUACAAGGACAACAGGCCAACCUACACGGACCUACCAUCAGUCAGUGCCCCGCUGAUUCCUAGAAAGGAGCUUGCCGACAUACACUCCUACCAGGACGACAAGGAGACCGUUGGGACCAGAGAGGAGUUGCCGAGCACAGAUAAUGAAUCUGUCCGGUCAGCGCGUGCAUUGGGUGCUAAGAACGUCACGGACUGCAGCCAGGCCAGAGGCAGCAAUGUAUCUUCUGUGCCUGUUGGGGACCCAACAAGUAGAAAAGACCCAGUGUCUGAAGAGCAGGUUGAAGUCAGCUUGCCUUCCUAUAGAGCGUUAUGUAGGACUACAGUUUUAAAUGCAAGCGAGGGCAUUCUAUCUUGUGGCAAAGCAGAAAGGCAUAGCAGUCGCAUUGCUUUGGGCGUAUAUAAACCAGCAUCGAGGAGAGGAAUUGGGGACUACAGUAAACCAAAAGUCAUCUGCUCUCAUGAGGAUCAUGGACACUGGAAUCCUACUGGUCAAGUUAGCCUUCCUGAUGUCUCCUCAGGGCUAGCUUCUAAGUUUUCCAAAUUGCACCACAUUAACUCUCAGGGCACGAUGGCAGGUUCUCCACUUCCGCAACUCAGGGACCACGGCGAAGGACGCAGCCUGCACUGUCCUGGUGGACCAAGCCAGCCAGAGGAGCUCCAGGGCAGCAGCGCUUUCCCCCAUGGUGAUAGGCCAACAGGAGGCGAAGCGGCUGUCAGCACGAAGGAUCUGGUCUCGGAGACCAUAGAGACGGUCAUUCAUAAAUACUGUACCCGGCAGGCAUCGCAGCCUCGAGACAGUGACAGCGAGGACUCGGCUGAUGGUCAGCAUCGACAUCAAGGGAAAGGGUUGGAGAGGAGUCAGCAGGCGAAGAAAGUGCCUCUGGAGAAAGAGUAUUGUACACUAUCAAACAGCUGCAAAAUGGCUUGCAGCAAGCAGGUGCUACAAGAGACGGCGUCUUGCUUCAAGAAAAUGCUGUCUUUAACCCUCUCCUGUGAAGCUAAAUCUGGGGGGCAGUACCAGGGCAUGGGGGAAGACGUGGAAAGUUCAGGAGGCAGUAUCUGCUCCUUGGGCAGUCAGCUAGGACAGCUAAAGUCCAGCAGCAGCUCGGAAUGGAAUGCCUCCGUGAAGAUGGAGAAGCGCAGUUCGAGAGUGCCAAUGAGGGACCUGGAGCUGAUGACAGAUGCACGAAUCUCACUUGACGACCACGGCUACAAAACUCAGCUGAGCUCGGUUCUGCGCUCCCAGGCAGAAGAAUGUGACAAGAUGGAGAUAGAGAACAUCAGCCCUGCAGAGAGCAGCAAGAAAGCCGAACACACUGAAGAGAAACCGCGCCCCCUGGAGACGGAGCAGAGGCUUCAGUCACUACCAUACGUGCCGCCAUCUUUUGCUGGAAAGACUUGGUCAGAGAUCAUGGCAGAGGAUGAUCUGAAAGUGGAGGCACUUGUGAAGGAGUUCAAGGAGGGCCGAUACUUGUGUUAUUUUGACAGUGAGUCUUUGGCCAACUACGGAAGGAAACAAAAGAAACCGCACCGGGCUGGGGUGAAGGACGCAUUAAAAGGCACGUCCCAGGCAUCGGUCGACAGUCACCCAAACGUCCCUUCACCCGAAGCAUUGCCACACUUGACGGAUGACGACAGGGAUGACGACAAGGAUGAUGAGCUUCCCCCUGCCCUGUGCCGGGCAUCAGUGGGCAAGAAGCCCGCCUUGAGGCACUGUCGUCUGGCAUCCAGGUGCCAGAUCGUCAAGGUCAGCCAUGGUACCCAGACCAGUGAAAUCAGCUACCCGGUAGUCAAAAAAAAAUCCAGAAGGCUGGAUCAAGAACCCGAGAACUUUUGGAGUGGGCUGGAGCAAGCUGAGAGGCCAGAUAUGAAGACCAGGCUGUGCUCCCUGAGGCUGCCCAGAUCCUACAGCAGGAUUAUGAGCCCAGUGCAGCCCAGGACGGUCAUCUACGUCCUGUCCUCGCCUGACUUUGACUCGGGGCAGGCUGCCUCGCUGGAAGGGAAGAGGAGCUCCAGGACCCUGCAGGAAGGUGCCAGCCCGACCAAGUACAAGUACAAGAAAUCACCAGUCAGGUACUAUGACCCAGUCACCAACAGAAUCCUCAAGACGCCGCCCAGCAGCCUAGCUUCGUCCCACCAUGUGCGCCAGCUCUUCAGGAACCUUAGCCCGGACAUCAACAUGGGGCUGCCCACUGACGAACACAGAGCUCCCGCCAAGUUGCAGCCAAAGGCUGGUGGGAGCUGCGGCCCGCUGCAGGCUGGUAACAGUGUGGCCUCCGGCUCCCGGCCGCCAGCCGCCGCACUCAAGUCCCGGGACCGCGGCUUGGGGGAGGCCCCCAGCAGUGACUGCCCAUCCAAGAGCACGGGCUCCCGGUCAGACGGGGCCUCGUUGCCUUUACCCCAGGUCCUGCCCGAUCAGAAGAGCCUAGUCUUGUCACCGCUCGGGGCAGACGGUCCCAACCCACCCUUCAGCAGGCUCAAUGUGUACGCAGGCCCAAAGAGCAGGCGUGCCCCCGAGACGGAGAACCCAGACGCAGUCUCCGAAAUGGACAGUCCACCGCUCGACAACCUGAGGGGUACUUCAUCCUGCUCCCACGUCGGAGCCCCGCCAGCUGCUGCAGUCUCCCCCUGCAGCCCUCCACGCCUCCGCUCCAGCCUCCGCCGGCCCGCCGGCAAAGACAGCUCCUUGGGGGAGAAGGUACUGCGGAGGGAAGCCAGGAGUGGGGAGGUGGCCGCCAGAGAUAGGGCAUCCUACCGCCGGGGCCAGAGGCAAGGCCCCCGCAAAAGGAAGUGAGCCUUCCCCACCCCCCACACCAGGGCCAGCCAGCACGUUCUUUCUUUCUCUUUUGUAUGAAGUACUUCAGGGAAUUUGCAGUUAAAGCAGCAGCUGUAUUUUUAUAAAGAUCCCUUGUGGGUUUUGUUGUUAUUCUUUUAAAAGUAUCCAAGUCAAAAUAGAAAGAGGCAGCACCUAAAGGUGCACACAAGUUUUCUUCCUCACUUGCAACAUUUUCAGCAAAACUUUCACAAUCUUGGCACUACUGUGAUGAUGAAGCGCCCCUUAAUAACCGCAUCUGACUCGCUGAUCGGUCUCAAAUGUGGGCUGUGUGUGUGGCUGAGGCCAGGGUCUGGACUGCGGUCUAGAAAUGCAGCCAAACCUGGCGUUGAAGUGGGGCUGGGUCCAGGGUUCAGGCUGUGGGCCAUUUUGUGUCACUACAGCGUGGGUUGGUGGCUGGGACACUAGGAUCGGGAAUGAGGGUGAUGCUUGCAGCCAGUGUGGAACACUUGUAUAUUUUCUAUUCCCCUUUAAAUUCACCAGGCUUGCUGCUGUAAAAUUAUUAUGCUACUGUGUGGUGUGUAAUGUCCCAGGGAUGCCAGGUUAUCAGAUUUUUACUCUAGCUGGAUUAUACAACACAGAAACGGAACAUUUGCUUUAAAUUAUUAGACCAUAAGACCUAGGAGCAGAAUUAGGCCUUCAGCACAUCGAGCUUACUUCCCCCAUUUCAUCAUGGCUAUUACCUCUCUCAACCCCAUUCUCCUUCCUUCUCCUCAUAACCUGUGAUGCCCUUACCUUUCAACCUCCACUUUAAAUAUAAAAUCCCAAUCAGGAUUUGUGACCCUGACACACUUUGAACACGCAGCCUUCUGCUCUGGAGCUAGUUGCCCUACUAUUGCGCCAUGAGGUCUGAUGGUCUUGUGUACCAGUAUUUACGCUCUACAUGGGAGUUCUCCCAGCCAACCUCCUUCACUCCCUAUCCCUUUCUUCUCUUCCUAUCUCCCUGUGGAGUUCUUAGUUGUUCCAUGUGAUAAUGAGCUAGCCUGAACUCUGCAUUGGGUUUGACAGGAACUGCCUUGAAUUCAUUACCUGCAGGUGUAAACUCAUCUACCAUCUAUUAGCUCCUGAGUUCCUUUUUUUAUAUAUAUAAGGCCUCCCACUGGUUGCCUGUUGACUUUCCUGAACCAGCCUUCGUAGCUGUACCCAGUUCAGCCUCUUUAGUUGGGCCAAGGAGGUUGGUAGGUGAUGCUUGGUGACACCAGGCCAGGACAUGUGGCACAGGAAAGAGAAUCAAUGAGUACUUGUUGGCUGUCCAAAUACUCACUGUUCAUGCAAAGACACUGUGGUAGCAUGUGUCAUUGACGCUCAGAUCCAGCGGUGAAGAGUAAUUGGUCGUAACUCAGCCAGAAGCUGCGAAGAUGAAUCAGAUUCAGGUUUGUUAUCAGUGACACACACUCAGUGGCCACUUAAUUAGGUACAAGUGUGUAUCAAUGUGGUCUUCUGCUGCUGUAGCCCAUCCACUUCAAGGUUUGACAUGUUGUGCAUUCAGAGAUGCUCUUCUGCACACCAUUGUUAUAGCACAUGGUUAUUCAAGUUACUGUCAGCUUGAACCAGUCUAGCCAUUUUCCCCUGACCUUUCUCAUUAAUAAGUCAUUCUUGACUACAGAACUGCUGCUCACUAGAGGUGUUUUUGUCUAUGCACCAUUCACUGUAAACUCUAGACAGAUUAUUGACCAUGACACACCCAGGAGAUCAGCAGUUUCUGAGAUACUCAAACCACCCCAUCUGGCACCAACAAUCAUUCCUUACAAAGUCAUUUUGAUCAUAUUUCUUCACCAUUCUGAUGUUUGAUCUGAAUAACAAAUGAACCUCUUGACCAUGUCUGCAUGCUUUUAUGCAUUGAGUUAUUGCCACAUGAUUGGCUGAUUAGGUAUUUGCAUUAAUGAGUGGGUGUACCUAAUAAAGUGGCCAUUGAGUGUAUAUCAUGAAAUUUGUUGUUUUGCAGCAGCAGUACAGUGCAAUACAUAAAAAUGUACUAUAAAUUAAAAUAAGAAAUAUAAAAUAAAUCAGU